CUAUUACUAUACGACGUAUGCUAUGCAUGGUUAGAGUUUCAACGUUAGAAGAAUAUUGUAGCAGUUUAUAUGUCGUUCCUACUACUUACAGCAUCAAUUAUUAAUCAGGUGAUAAAUUGAAAAUAAACGAAAUAAAAAAGGAUACGUACAAAAUGAUGAAAUCAAUAUUGAAAAUACUUCGAUUGAAGAGGCAAAACGAAUAAAAUCGUAUAUUUAAGUAUCUACUCUAUAAUAUCGUUAUAAAGAAUUCCCUGCCGCAAAACUUUGUUAAGACAUAUACGAGGAAGGGUUUUACUCGCGAACACGCACCCAAUUUCACAUGAGGGGAGAAGAUGAAAGAGCUAUCUACUACAUUCGAUUACUACAUACUACCGAAUAAGAUUUUCUGCAGCAUAGUUGGAAUAUGGCCUAUCGGAGAAAGAAGUUCGACAUGUAGCAAAAUAUUUGCGUAUUUCCGCUUAAUAGUAUCAUUAAUUGCAAUAAGUAAUUUCUUCGUGCCGGAGAUUAUGGCCGUAGCGUUCUACUGGGGCGAUGUGGAAACCGUAAUAGGGAUAGGAAGCAAUUUAAUGUCAGCCACGCAGUUAUUCUUUAAAAUGAUUUAUUUAGUAGCGAGAAGAGAUAGAGUAUACAGACUUUACAACGAGAUACGAAUUCUAUGGGAUUCUACCGAUGAUCCUAACGAAAGGAAAUCUUACGAGCAAAUCGCUUAUCGGGCACGGAUUGUUACGAUCACUUUUUCUUCGUGCUUCCUAUGCAAUCUAACCACCUUCUCGAUUGCUACGAUUGCCGAUUAUUUUAGAUUUGCAUACAACGGCAACAACACUAACGACAAUCGACAUUUACCUUUUCUUGUCUGGUACGGCACAGACAUCUCGGCAUCUCCCAAAUUCGAAAUCGCUUUCGUUGGUCAAGUCAUGACAGCCAUGAUUGGACUUUCAGCAAUCACAGCCAUAGACUGCACGUUUAUGACUAUGAUCCUACACGUGUCUGGACAAUUUAUACUUAUCAAGACCUGGAUUAAUAAAAUUGGAUUUGAAAUGAAUCGUAAAUCUAUUGACAUGGACAAGUUUGAGGAGGACCUAUUUAAAUGCAUUCGUCAUCACCAACGAAUGAUACAUAUGGUAAAUGAUGUGAAUAAUUUGUUAACACCCAUCAUCUUCAUGCAACUUCUUACAAGCGGACUAGAAAUUUGUUUAAGUGGAUACGCAAUGCUCGAUAACGGGACGAAUAUUACCGACAUACUGAAAUUUACUUCUUAUUUUAUUUCCGUGACGGUACAACUACUUUUAUGGUGCUGGCCCGGUGAAAUUCUAGUCCAAGAAAGUCAAGAAGUUGGGCAGGUGGUCUAUUUCAGCGUACCAUGGUAUAAUUUACCUCCAAUUUAUCGAAACCACGUUUGCCUUAUGAUAAUUAGGGCACAACAAUAUUGCAGCAUCACGGCAUUAACUUUCAAAGUGUUAUCUAUUCAAACAUUAACGGUUGUAUUCAACACAGCUGCCUCGUCUUUUACUGUGUUACAACAAAUGCAACCAAACUAAAUUCCAACGAGAACAGUCAAAUGUUCAUCUAUAGCGUAGUACCCUCGUACAACAGUUCAAAAAGUAGUCUGUAAAAGAAAGUGUAAAUUUCUAAAUCAUAUUGUAUCUGAUAUUCCAUAAUCGAAUGUAGAUAUUGCUCAUAGAUUG